AAGGUGAAGGAUUUCAAGGAUUUGUCCAACGAGGCGCUUUUGGAGGAGGUGACGAAGAGCAAGAAGAUGUUGUUCCAGUUGCGCAUGCGUCAAAGCACGCGUAAGGAGUUCAAGCCGCACCACUUCGGUAUCUUGAAGACCAAAGUUGCGCAAUUGUACACUGUCAAGCGCGAACGCGAGGUUGCG